AUGGAUGGUAUGCUUCCUAAACAGGCGGCAAAUUCGUUGGAAGGGACGAAAGAACGUAUUAUAAUGAAAGAAAACCACGCAAAUAGGCCAAUGUGGGUUUCUUCAGACGGAGUGAUUAUUCUAGAGAUGUUUUCAGAGCAGAGUAGACAGGCUCAAGACUUUCUAAUUGCUAUCGCUGAGCCAAUUAGUCGACCAGCCAAUAUUCAUGAGUACAAAAUAACCGCCUACUCUCUUUAUGCUGCCGCUAGUGUCGGUCUCAAGACCGAUGAUAUUAUCGAUACAAUGGAUCGGUUUAGCAAGAACAAAGUACCACUUAGUAUUUUGAACUUCAUUCGUUCCUGUACAACUAGUUAUGGAAAGAUCAAAUUAGUAAUUAGGCAAGGAAGAUACUUUAUUGAGUCGCAAGAAAACCAGAACAUCUCCUUCCUUUACCGGGACUCAGCUAUGCAGGAACUCUGUUUGCCCAUUGAAGAGGAGAAGAAAGAGAUCGUCCGCUUUGAAAUCGACCAGAGUAAAGUUGAGUUAGCUAAGAAACGAUGCAUUGAACUAGACUACCCACUAAUUGAAGAGUACGAUUUUCGAACCGAAAACACAUUGCCUCUACUGGAUGUUGAUUUAAAGCCAACAACUUCAAUUCGAACGUACCAGGAAGUGAGUCUGAACAAAAUGUUUGGAAACGGCCGGGCCCGUUCCGGGAUUAUUGUUCUUCCCUGUGGUGCCGGCAAGACUUUAGUUGGUAUUGUCGCCUUAUGCACCCUAAAGCGCUCUUGCCUAAUUCUUUGUACAACUUCAGUCUCCGUUGAGCAAUGGAAGCAGCAGAUCAAGGCAUUCACCAAUAUCAAAGACGAAUCUAUUGCUCGCUUAACGUCCGAAACAAAAGAGAAGUUCACAGGUCAAGCCGGUGUAGUCAUUAGCACGUACACCAUGGUCUCGUAUACCGGCAAACGUUCAUUUGAAACCCAAAAGAUCAUGGACUUCCUAACCCGUACCGAAUGGGGUCUCGUCAUUUUCGAUGAAGUUCAUGUUGUUCCAGCUAAUAUGUUCCGUCGUGUUGUUUCAAUCAUUAUUUCCCAUUGCAAAUUAGGACUGACUGCUACCUUAGUACGUGAAGAUGAAAAGAUAGAAGACCUCAACUUCCUUAUCGGCCCCAAACUCUAUGAAGCCGACUGGCUCAACCUCAGCGCCCAAGGCUUCAUCUCACGCGUUAACUGCACCGAAGUCUGGUGCAAAAUGACCGGUGAGUUCUACAAACAGUACCUCUCCACCGAUGUUCGCAAGAAACGUAUCUUAGCCACCAUGAACCCCACUAAAAUCCAAAUGUGCGAGUACAUCAUCAAGAAACACGAAGCCCUCGGAGACAAAAUCAUUGUUUUCUCCGACAAUGUCUAUGCCCUCAAAGCCUAUGCUCUCAAAUUCGGCAAACCUUUCAUCUACGGUCCCACCGGCCAAGUCGAAAGAAUGAACAUCCUUAAGCAAUUCCGAACCAACCCCAAAAUCAACACAAUCUUCCUUUCCAAAGUUGGAGAUACUUCUAUUGAUCUCCCAGAAGCCACCUGCCUCAUCCAAAUUUCCGGCCAUUUCGGCUCCCGUCGCCAGGAAACCCAACGACUUGGCCGAAUUCUCCGGGCCAAAAGAAGAUCCACCGAAGGCUUCACCGCUUAUUUCUACACUCUUGUCAGCAUGGAUACCGAAGAAGUCCCGUACUCCACCCGCCGUCGCCAAUUCCUCAUUGACCAAGGCUACUCCUUCAAGAUCAUUGAAAGUAUCCCCGAAAUGGCCCACCACCCCCCAGAAGCCUACCGCACCAAAACCGAGCAAGCCGAACUCCUCGCCUCAAUCCUUAUAGCCUCCGAUCGCGACAUAGAAACCGAAUCCGAAGACGACCCCAUUGAUAAACUAGAAAAGAAAGUCUCCAUCAAAAAGCUCACCGGCCCCACCAACCUCUCCUACUCCGAAAAGCGCACCCACUAA